UCUUUACUUUUUCUUCUUUCUUUUCGCACUCUUCGCAGUACUAUGUGUGAUCUUACAGACCCUCGCAUUGUAGAAACGUAUACGGCGAUUGUUGAAGGCAGUCCUGUCAAUUGGCUUAUUCUCGGAUACAAUGAUACAAGAGAUGUUAUCUCUCUCUACUCAAGAGGCUCAGAAGGGCUAAGUGAAUUUCGCAAUCAUUUGACAGACGAGGUAUUGUAUGGGUUUGUAAGGAUCGAACAUAAGUGUAUCUUGAUUACUUGGAUACCACAACAAGUCAGUGGAGUGAGAAGAGCAAGAGCCUUGGUACAUAGUCGAUCCGUAGCCACUUUCCUUAAACACCAUCAUACUCAAAUAACAGCUUCUACUUUGGAAGACUUGAAUGAAGUCUCUUUGCAAACACGGUUAAAAUUAGAUAGUAGCGUGAACGACCUUGGUGUUGGACAUACUCAUCCUGUUACUGUUGAGCCGUCACGACAACGACAGCAUGCUGUGGUCCACAAUAGCAGUCAUGCUUCUUCAUCACCUAGGAGUCCUACCCGUUCAGCACCCGUCGAAGAAUUCGUAGAUACACAUGAGCAAUUGAGCGCACCACAGACAUCACAGCAAACCCUAUCGCAGGAUGACGAUACCAAUCCUCCUGUUCCUCCACCACGGAAGGUCAUGACACCACUGGUAUCGCCCUCCACUUCGCCACCACCGGUUCCUCCACCAUCGACUACAGAAGAUCCUGCUGCUGCUGCUGCUGCUGCCAUUGGUAUCGAUACUUUAGAUAGUGCUGAGGUAGAUCCAUAUGCUCCUGCUGCUAACUACAAAGACCAUGGCACGAUUGAAAUUGAACAACAACAACAACAACAACAACAACAACGAGAAAGGGAAGCUCAAGAAGAGCAAGAAAGACAAUUGCUAAUCCAACAAGAAGCUGAAAAGGAAAGAGAGAGACAACGUAUUCUUGCGGAAGAAGAGGAGGCAGAAGCGCAACGUUUAGAACUGGAAAGAAAAGCCCGUGAAGAAGCAGAAAAAGCAGCAGCAGCAGCAGCAGCAGCAGCAGCAGAAAAGGCAGCAGCAGAGGCAGCAGCAGCGGCAGAAAAGGCGCGAUUCAUAGAAGAACAAAAAGCUGAGCAACAGCGCUUAGCUGAUGAGAAGAAGCUCAUUCGACAAAAGUUGUUAGAAGCGGAAAAGAAAAAAGAAUUGGUCCUAAGCGGUUAUGUAUCUGUCCAAACACAAAAAAGUCCUUUUUGGAGCCGUAGAUACUUCACGAUCCAAGAUAAAACCUUGUCGUUUUAUAGAGAUGAAAUGUCCUUGCGUCCAAUCAUUCAAGUGGACUUGAGGAACCUGACUCGUUUUAGUAAUGUGAAUGUCGAUAUUGAGCCCUUUAUCCCCAAUGCCUUUGUUCUAGAAACACCACAAAAUGGAGCCUAUCAAUUGUUUGCUGAUAAUAAGAGGGAUAUGGAAAUUAUCGUUACUGCAUUACAAACGGUGAUCUAAAACAGCUUUUUUCGGACGCCAUCUUUUCUUUUUCUCGUAUUUUCCUCCAUAGUCAUACACUUUCUAAACAGUCUCCUGUUGACAUAUAUCUAUUGACAUAAUAACACAGUACUUACUAUUCCUUCAUCAAUACCCCUAUUGGGGAGUUGCAGAAUUCGUCAUUGUCCCUUGUGUGGAAGUGUCUUCCUUAUAUUUCAAUCUCCGCUGAGUUACAGAGCGGACACGAUCCACUCUAAUGGCGCCCCACUUUUCUGCAACAAAAAAAACUAAAUGAUGACGUACAAUUAAAAAUUGGUUACUGAAUUUUCAGCAAAGAAAUAUAGAAAAGGGGGGGAUCGAGAAAAAAAAGGAAACAUAAAAAGGCGGUCAACGAACAAAAAAGAAGUUCCGACAAACAGACAAAGGCAGCAGGCCCUUACCUUUAUAUAAAAUUGUUAUUUAUUUUCUUCCCCGCACUAAUACCAAUAGAACAAGCCUAACCCCC